AUGGCGGCACGAAAACUGCAGCAAGAAGUGGACAAGUGCUUCAAGAAGGUGACGGAGGGCGUGUCCGAGUUCGACGCCAUCUACGAGAAGAUCGAGCAGUCAAAUAACCCGGCGCAGAAGGAGAAGCUGGAAGACAACCUGAAGCGCGAAAUAAAAAAGCUGCAGAGAUUACGAGACCAGAUCAAGACAUGGGCGGCCGGCAACGAGAUCAAGGAUAAGGGCCCUCUGAUGGAGCAGCGGAGGCUGAUUGAAACGCAAAUGGAGAGGUUCAAGGCCGUCGAGAAGGCCAUGAAGACAAAGGCCUACUCGAAAGAGGGCCUGUCGGCCGCAACAAAGCUCGACCCGAAGGAGCAGGCAAAGGUCGAGACAGGCGAGUUUCUCAGCUCCCAGGUCGACGAGCUGGAGCAGCAGAUCGAGUCGCUCGAAGCCGAAGGCGAAGCCAUCCAGGCCACCGUGAAGCGAGGCAAGAUCCACGGCGCCAAGGCCGAGCGCAUGGCCGAGAUAGAACGCAUCAUCGAGCGGCACAAGUGGCACCAAGGCAAGCUGGAACGGUUACGUCGCUCGCUCGAAAACGGCGCCAUCGACAUCGAGCAGGUCAACGACCUGGAGGAGAGCAUCCGCUACUACGUUACCGACAACCAGAACGACGAUUUUAUGGAGGACGACACCAUGUACGACGACUUGAAUCUCGACGAGGAAGAAGAGGGCUUCGGCCUGAAUGGCGAUGACAGAGUCUCCUCACAGGACACGCAAUCCAUACAAGGCGAUCUCGGCGAUCUGGACGUGAAGCCACCAGGGACAAGUAGUGGCAAGGGUCGUGCCACCACCGAUUCGGCCUCCAUCUCUUCUUCUGGCCGCCGCCCCUCCGCACAGCUAAAGUCCCCACUGCCAACACUAGCAACUCUGCAUACCCCUCUACAAACGCUUAGCAAUGGCAUCUCUACCGCCGUGGCCAUGAAGCCGGCAUCCAUACCGGCACGACCAGCGGGCGAAGGCCUGAAGUACGCGUCGGCCGCUGCGGCCGCUGCCGCGAGCGAUAGACUCAACGUCGGAAUAGCCCCGCUACCGCCACCGCCAGGCGUAGUCGGGCCCUCACAACAAACCCAGCUGCCAGCCGCCAUUGCACCCUCGUUGCCCGCCGCGCAGGCGAGCAGAGCGAUCGCAAGCGCAGCAAAUUCCCCGAAGCCGCCGUCCGCUCAGCCGCAUCAGCACCAUCAACAGCAGGCAGAGAAGGUGGUCCCUCCAUCGGCAGCAGGUGCAGCGUCAGGCGUUGCAUCGGGAUCUACGGUGAAGCCGGAAAACGCACGAUCGGCGAAGGCAAGGAGCGCUGCAGCCUCUACAUCCGCGUCCACGACGUCAACACCGGCACCCGAGCCGGCAGAUGCCGCAGGCAAAGGCUCUCAUACGAACGGUACCACGAACGGAGUCAAGACCGCCACUCCUGUCACCAAGGAGGGGGAGCAGGCCGAAGAAGAGUCCAUCUACCACCUGCCUUCCUCACUACAAGACCUGGUCGAGUCAUUCGAGGUGACAAAGAGCCGACCGCCACAGUCGAACCCGACUACAGGACUACGCAUGUUGGCCCAGUCGGUAGCCAACGCGCCCGAAACGAUGGAUGCAGAGCCUCCACGUCGAUACCACCCAGAGGUGCGGUUCCACUCGUCUUCGAACUUCCCACAAGAACCGCUGGCACUGCUGGAUGACCCUCGGCUGUACGCUCGCAUCGAGCCAGACACGCUCUUCUACGUGUUCUACUACAAGCAGGGGACGUACCAACAGUACCUGGCUGCCAAGGCGCUCAAGGACAUGAGCUGGCGCUUCCACAAGCAGUACCAGACAUGGUUCCAGCGGCACGAGGAGCCCAAGAGCAUCACAGAGGAGUUUGAGCAGGGCACCUACCGCUUCUUCGACUACGAGAGCACAUGGAUGAACCGGAGGAAAGCAGAUUUCAAGUUCGUCUACAAGUUCCUGGAAGACGAUAAUGCCUUGCCUGAUCUUCGUGUUACGACAGGCCGCCAUCCAGGCUGCAGUGCGCCGUUUCACCACGACGAGGCUGUCAUGAGGACGAUGCCAAAACGGCUGGCUUACGGCCCUUCCGAGAUCGACUCGUUGGUUUAUGUGCAGGAAGAUGACCUCAAUGUAUGCUCCCUCUUGGCCUUUGCUUUCCUGGCCUCGCUCACUUCUGCCGCUUCGUACUCGGGCUUAAAACGCACUGUGAACCUGCAAGCAACCCGAUGGAAACAGGGCGCCGCGCCCGCUCUACUGUAG